CAGAAAUCUGCAAAGGAAACAACAACAGUCCUGUCCAUCAUAGACUGUCUGACGAAGUGACCCCUCCUGGGGAGUCGAGGGAGAAACAAAAUGUUCCACAAUGUAUUGUUCCUUGUUCCUUCAUUUAAUGUUCCUUCUUGUAUUGUUCCUUGUUCCUUCUUGUAUUUUGUUGACACUUGGCUAUUUGUGACUUGGGGCCCAGGUUCCAGAUGUAGAUCAGCAGCCCCCAGAUAUGAUGAUGUGACCACGAUGCUUCAGAGGCUACGGUGCUCUUUGUUGUUGAGACAAACAUACCUCUGAUAACUGAGUGUAUGUUUUUUACCUGAAAACACCUGCAUCUAUCUACUCUGAGUUGGAAGUCACAUGUGGAGAGAAUCCCGUACUUGACUUUGAAUUUGUUUUAAAAUAAUUUACAAAGGUUCUGAUCAGAUUAUCAGUUUGAUUCUUUCCACAUGAUAUAAAUCUUACAGGAUUGUUGACACAUAAAGCUUUAAUGGGAGAGAAGUGGUUGACUGGGCUUCAGAAAUGAAAAGAGGUGGACAGAAAACUGUAUUGAAGUAAAUCGGAGAAUAUGUGAUGUUAUUUUCACUGUGCUUUUGUUUUAAAGCAGAAAUAACGAUGUCUGUAACCAGCUCAUUUGUUUUCUUUGAGUCCUGAUUUACAGGAAAUGAUGAAAUUCAAGAUCUUCAUUAAGACCAGAGAAUCAGAGUGAAUUUCAUCAUUUUCUGUCUCCGUGGACUAUGUGAUUAUUAACCCCCUGCUGUCUUUUUGGGGUAAUGGCUACCUCCUGUCUGUAUCUACCAUGGGGUAGUUGAUGAGCCAAACAACUCUACCUGCUACCAGACUCACAUGUUUUUAUCAUAUCAAUGACUCAAUGAAGUCAGACAAUUUACCUCCUGACAAAGGCCCUGAUGAUUGAUGAUCUCGUCCCACACAGCUGGCAUGGCACGGCUCAGGGUUGACUGACACACUCCUGACCGGUCGGCCAGUUCCCGCUGCAAAGCCCCUGUUGCCAGGAACCCCAGUGUGGUGAGCACCUGUGUGGGCAUGGACAAUACCUGGCUCCGCAGCUUUGCGCACAGCUCCAGUAAUACUGGCCUCAGCAAACGAAAAUGAUGAUUGAUUUCACAAUACUGUGGAAACCGGUGUACGCCAGCAAUGAUGUUGGCGGAGGUCACCGCCCAUUUCCACGGUCAAUUCACUUUUGAUACAUCUGAAAGUGACGUUGAUGUGGGCAUAUGCCAUGUGAAGAGCAGAUUUCCUACAGUUCAGUCACUAGAUGGAAACAAUGAUGCAAACUGAAUGUGAGUUUAAGUCGGGUUCAAUAUAUUCAGAAACACUUAAAAAGUUUAUUGUUGUUAAUAAAAGUGAAGUGAAGUCUGGUGUAGUCUUUCUCUAUGCCCAGCAGAGGUCAGAAAAAAACAGAACAACUAUCAGAAGAGUGAUGAACUGCAAUAAAGCCACACCAGGAAAUAAGUCAUGUAAAACUCUCAUGUAUUUUAAACUGAUCACAUCUUCACUUGAAGCAGGAAAAAAACUGAGACAAACAGAGCAGCAUUUAGAGGAGGAGCUAAACUGGAAAGACCAGAUUCAACAUCACUUUCCUGAAAUGAAACUCAAACAUUGUCAGGGCGGUGGCAGAGCUGCAGUCCAGACAAAUCUCUGUGUUUCUGUCUGAAGAAAAUUCAACUGAGUUCAUCUGUUCUUUCUCAACAUCUGACUCAAAUACUGUGUGUAGACAUGUCUGUUGCAAAAUGUCUGAGAUCUGAAGAUCAGUUUCUGUGCUCCAUCUGUCUGGAUGUGUUCACUGAUCCAGUCACUGCACCAUGUGGACACAACUUCUGCAAACACUGCAUCACUCAACACUGGGAUACUACUGAUCUAUGCAAGUGUCCCCUGUGUAAAGAAAUUUUCUACAAUAGACCUCAGCUAAAAAUCAACACUUUGUUAUCUGAGAUGGUUGCUCAGUUCAGACAUGAAGCUCAACAGAAAGGCAGCAGCAGCAGCUCAGAGCAACAAGCUGCCAAACCAGGGGAAGUUCCCUGUGACGUCUGCACUGGAACCAAACUGAAGGCCCUGAAGUCCUGCCUGGUGUGUCUGCUCUCCUACUGUGACUCUCACCUGGAGCCUCAUCUGACAAUGUCACGCCUGAAAACACAUCAGCUGAUCCACCCUGUGGACAACCUGGAAGACAGGAUGUGCAGGAAGCACGAUAAACCUCUGGAGCUGUACUGUAAGACCGACCAGACAUGUGUCUGCAUGAUCUGUUCUGUUUUAGACCACAAGACACAUGAGGUUGUCCCUCUGAAAGAAGGAUAUGAAGGAAAGAAGGCACAGCUGGGGAAGACAGAGGAUGAAAUUCAGCGGAUGAUCCAGAAGAGACGACUGAAGAUUGAGGAGAUGAAAGAGUCAGUGAAGAUGAGUAAAGAUGCUGCAGACAGAGAGAAAGCAGAAGGUGUUCAGGUCUUCACUGCUCUGAAGGAGUCUGUUGAGAGAGGCCUGGACCAGCUCAUAAAGGAGAUCGAAGACAAACAGAAAACAACAGAGAAACAGGCUGAAGGUAUCAUCAAAGAUCUGGAACAGGAAGUCUCUGAGCUGAUGAAGAGGAGUUCUAAGUUAAAGGAGCUCUCACACUCUGAAGACCACCUCCACCUCCUCCAAAGCUUCUCCUCUCUGAAAGCUGCUCCACCCACCAAGGACUGGACAGAGGUCAGCGUCCGUCCACCAUCAUAUGAGGGGACUGUAGUGAAAGCUGUAACUCAGCUGGAGGAGAAACUCAGUAAAAACAUGAAGAAGCUGGUUGAGGCUGAGCUGAAGAGGGUCCAGCAGUAUGCAGUGGAUGUGACUCUAGAUCCUGAUACAGCAAAUCCUGCACUCAUCCUGUCUGAUGAUGGAAAACAAGUUCACUGUGGUGACGUGAGGAAGAAUCUCCCAGACAACCCAGAGAGAUUUUCUACAUGUGCGUGUGUUUUAGGAAAGAAGAGUUUCUCUUCAGGUAGAUUUUACUUUCAGGUUCAGGUUAAAGGAAAGACUAAAUGGACUGUAGGAGUGGCCAGAGAGUCAAUCAACAGGAAAGGAAACAUCCCACUGAAUCCUCAGAAUGGUUACUGGACUGUUUGUUUGAGAAAUAGCAAUGAAUACAAAGCCUGUGCUGAUCCUCCAGUGCGUCUCUCUCUUGGUUCUCGUCCUGAGAACGUGGGGGUGUUUGUGGAUUAUGGGGAGGGUCUGGUCUCCUUUCAUGACGUAGAUACUGCAGCUCUUAUCUACUCCUUUACUGGCUGCUCCUUCAAUGACAAACUUUACCCAUAUUUCGGUCCCUGGUUGAAUGAUGGAGGUAAAAACUCUGCACCUCUGAUCAUCUGUCCUGUCAAUCAAACUGUCUGACGAAGCUUUGAGAUCAAUGAAUUAACUUAUUGAUCUUCACUCUUUAUUCCCACUCUGUACAUAUAUGCUUUAAUACUACAAUACUGGUACAGCUAAGAACACAAAGAUAUCAAUGGAUUAGAGAUGGAAGAUGGAGAUGGAAAUGGAUUAUUCUGGAAUAAAAUGAUUUAAUUGUGAAUUAUGAUAAAAAUGUUCAUAUCAACUUGUUUUCUAUCAUUAAUGUUCUCAUUCCUUCAUUCUUCAGUUUAGAUUCAAUGGUUGUUGGACUUUUACCUUUUACCUGUUUAAUGUUUUUAUUUGUUUUAAUGUUGAUUCAUGAAACUCUUGUGUGGAAUUUGUGAUAAUUGUAAAAUGAGCUACAAUUAAAGUCCUAGAGCUGUGAACUAGA